UUUAAUUUUACACCUAGGUCUAACACGACCAGCAGAUGUGUGAUACGAGGAGGUCCGCCACCUCGACGGACGGCGUGGAGACGCCGGCGGACGCGAGGCUCGAGGACCGGCGCAAGACCCAAAUUAGCGGUCGGUGCCCCUCUCCAGCACGCCGUCCCGGAGCCGCCGCCGCCAUGCGACCGCCAGAACCUAGAUUCCGGUGGAAAUCGUGGCGGAGGUAGGUUUCAGUGCAUACGACAUGUGGGCACUUUGGUUCUACAAAGAGGAAGUUCCAAUGUACCAUUGGCCAUCAAAGAUGCUCAUUUCAAGAGAGCGUUGGAGAAAAUCUCUCCGUUUGUUUCGAAAGAGGAACAAAUUUGCAGCAGGGUGUGGGUAAAGGAGACACUUGAGGUGGUGAUAGCUGAAAUAAUGGGACUGAUGCUUAUGAAAUCUCCGUGUUUAUCUCAUUCUGGUAGCCUUGACCAUGAGGUUGGAGCAAUGCGUGCUCUUUUUCAUGUCUUUUAUUUGGCUCACCUGCUGAACAGGAUGACGACCUACUUUAACAAGUUGGGCUGGCCGGAAAAGGCACGAACAGAUGACCAAGAAAGAAAGGAACUCAUAGCAUCCCUGCACAAGCGAAAGACGGAACUUUUCGUGGUACUUAUUAAGAAAAAGUUGUUGCCUCUUAGAGCCGGUGUGGCCAAGCUAAUAGAUCAAGCUUUAGGCAAUGGGGUCCAAGUUGUUGUGUGCAGCACGUCAAAUGAGAAUGUGGCUAGUUAUCUGUUAGCUGCAGAAACACUUGGAGUCGAUCCGUCAAGUUGCAAAAAGCCCUUGAAGUUUUCUUGGAGAGAGGACUUCGGCGUUUCUCUCACGUUAGAGGCGUACCAGGCAUGUAUUAAUCUCCAGAGCAUAUGGUUCAAAGUUAGGUCCACGAAAGGACAAAGGACGGUGGAGUUAGAAGCUGCACCCGACAUCUUCACCCACUUCUCGAUGAUGGUGACGGUGGUCACCGGGUCCUUCAUGAUCUGGAGCAAGAUCGGGCACAAUAAGUACUGGGAGGAUAGAAAUGGUGGUAUGGUCCCAAACAAAGGCCCAUGGGACAAACAAAAAUUACGAAGGUGUAAUUACCGAAUUAUCAAUUGCCUCAUGCAUUGUUUUUCCAUUUUAUCUAUUAGUAUGACAGUUAUUGUGACACAUGAGUUAGCGACUCUUCCAAUUUGAUAUUGAAUUUUCGUUUGGUAGACGGAUCGAAAUAGAGACAACAAAUGCUCGAACAAAAUGGCCAUUUCGUUGGAUGAGAAGACAAUUUUUUAUCAUGAGUUUAUAUUUAUGUUUGUAUUUGCAAGGUACUACUUAGACAUGGCCAAAAUUCGGGCCGGGUCGACGGGUCGCUGGGCUUGAAAACACUAACCCUGAACCGGCACGGACCUAUACUCGUGCCGGGUCCGUGUCCGAGCCGUGCCGGGUCCG